AUGCUAAACAACAAUGGUUUUAACGGAGGGGUGAACCAGAUGAAUGAGUACCAAGGGGGCGGGAACUUCCAGGGAAAUGGCCCCUACCCUGGGGAUGGCCAAUUUCAAGCGACCGGCAACAAUGAGCAACGGCAGCAUAACUAUGGGGAGCUCCAAAACUGUAACAACGAUUUUUACGGCGCGCAAAAAGUAAACGCGGUUAACAACCACCAAGGAUUCGCCGACAGGAACGUGAUGUAUGGAAAUGACUCGUUCGGAAGACCCCCCGCCAAGAUGGAGGAGGCUCCCAAUUAUUACCACGCCAAAGGUGCAAUGAUGAGUGGAAAUCCCAUGAGUACAACUCCCAUGGGUGGCUUCCCCGCUGGUGGCAUCCCCGCUAGUGGCAUGGCCAUGUCGCCUGCCGAGGGGGGAUUCACCAUGUAUCAGAACAAAAGCAACAGUUUGUCCUUCUUCGGCAAGGAGCAAAAUGGACCCAACUACAACGAUCAAGCUUUAUUUUCCCAAGUUAAGCAAAACGUUUCCAUAUUUGGAAACAAAACGAAAAAUAAUGCCCCCCUUUUUGGCAACAAUGUGAAGAACGCGGGGAAGGUUGAUUUGCCAAGUGUUAGUCUCUACGAUUUUGUGAGUCAGGAUAAAUCCAUUUUUGGAAAUAGGCUAAAGGAAGGAAAGCCCCUCUUUGCAAAUGCGAGGAGUGCGAACCAAAUGAUGGAAGGUGCUCCGAGUCAGCAGCACAGUAAUAGCUACCUACAGAACAACAACAAUGUGCAUGGUGUGGCAGGACACGGGGGGGAUAGGAACUACAUGAAUUAUAAUUACGACGCGAAGGGGCAGGCCGCCUACGGUAUGAACCCCUCCAACGAGAUGGUGCCCCCCAACUGGGGCGCCGGCCAUGUCGGCGGCCAUGUCAGCGGCAUGAACCAGUUGGGCAACCAGAGCAACCUCGGCGCCAACAUGGAGUCAGCUCCCCACGCGCAGGGGGCCUAUGGGGUCGCAGGCACCAACUCCUUCGGGGCAACCAAUUUUAGCUACCCCCAAAGUUGUAACGCCAUGCAACCAAAUAUGCAGAACGAGCAGUACCCCAUGUAUGGUAGCGGAGGAGGAGCCCCCAUUAACACAUAUGCUAAUGCACCUUAUGGGAACCAAAUAGUAGGUGGGAAUAACAUGUCGCCUUACCCGAACCUUUUACCGAGCGGUGGGUUCGACCCCUCCGUUGGGAACAACAUGUGUGGUGCUCCUGGGGCGGGUACGCCACAAAUGGAAAUGCAAAACACACAUUUUUCAAAUAAUGGCCAAAGAAUGGAGGGCCAAAUGAACACAGGCGAUAGAAACCUAACCAUGAGCAACGCACCCGAUUAUAACGCCCAUUCGAGUGUAGCAAUGCAAAACGCCUCGGCACAAAAUCCUGGAAAAGAACAAAACUACGCAAAUGAAUUACAAGGGGAGGAAGUUUUUUUUACAAACGAAAAUGAAAUUAUAUUUGAAAAGAAUUACGUAAGGCAGUAUGGAAUGGAGGGAAAUACCCAAAUGGGUAAAAUGAAAAAAAUUCUUUUUUUUAAUAAAAAUUUUGUCAAAUCCUUGGAACAAAUAGCUAGACAUAAUUUAAACAGCUACAAUGAGAAUAGGUCCACCAUUUAUACCUUCCCCUGCUCCAUGUCAUCGAAUAACGUCGCCUUCUACAUGCAAGCUGUGGAGGACUGCAAGAAGGAAAGCCGCUUCGACGUAGACGCAGAUCUGUACCAUAAAAUAUUCGCCAAGCAAAAUAUGCAGCAGCCCUUCACCGUUUUGAAAAAUAUAAAUAUGAGCAAAAAAAUGGACCAACAUGACAUCGACUUGGAUAUUUACUACACCCUUCUUCAUGUGGAGAAGAUUAAAUUUAGGCAGCCCAUCUCCCCAGAGCACGCGCGCAAAUCGGCUGGCGCUCCCUUCCAGCUGGGCGAAAUUCCGACCGUCAUUUGA